AUAUAUCUAUAUAUAUAUCCUUAGCUAAUUUUGUGUGGCCAGGAUGGAAGCUAGGCGCCGCGCGUUUGGUUAUAUUGUGAUGAUAAUGCAAGUAAAGUAUUAUAGAGAUAUAUAUAUAUUGCGGCUAAGCUAACUAGGGCUUCUUAUAAUAUUAUACUAUAUGUGUGGGGAUCGAUCGAGUAUUUGAAAUUAUAAUAGUGUUACAUUACAGAUAGGGUUUUUGUGCAAUGGGGUCUCUCUUACUAGCUUUCCACACAUCUCUUUGGUUUAUCUCUUUUUCUUUUGUCUUUUUUUAAAAAACUCUUUCUUUGUUAUUUUGUUCAUUGGCUUCUCUCAUCUCAUAUAUGAACUCACGUGAAUCCCUUACACACGCCUCUUUCUCUCUCUCUCUGGCCCUCUGAUCUCGAUCCUUUAAAAGAGUUUUACCACUACACUGCUUAGGCCCUUUUGCCAUCAUCAUCAUCUCUCUCUCUCUCUCAUGACCAUAUUAUUUUUCCAUCUCAAAUUUCUAGCUAUAGUUUGAUCCACCAAUAUUGUUGGAAAGUACUACACAAAUACAUAUAUGUUCUUCCAAUUCCAUUUUUUAUAAUUUUCUUUUUGAUCCCUCUCUAUAGUUAUAGCUCUUUGAAUUUUGCCCUAAUGGAUCUUCCUUCUUCUUACCAUAAUAGCAAUAUUAAUAAUAAUUUAUCACCUUAUUUUGUUGACCUUAAAGAAGAUCAAACUUCUUCAUCCUUAUCUCUCUCAUCAUCAUGUCCUCAUCCUUUCAUGAUGAAUAAUCCAGCUCAAGAUCAAGGGAAUUUUCUCUAUACCAGGGAGACAAAACAAUUUCAACUCCAACCGGCUGAUCACGUUGGAUCAUCAUCACGUGACCAUCAUCAUCCAAGAGCUGAAGAAAAUCAUGAAUUAUUAUUUGAUAAUAAUAAUCAUGAUUUGAAAUUAAGCAUUGCUACUACUACUACCACUACUACUGAAGAUCAUCAUCAUCAUCAUAUCAAUUACGAUAUGAAAUAUCACAACAGCCAUGAUGAGAAUAAUAUCAAUUCGGUUAAGUGGAUGUCUUCAAAGAUGAGGAUGAUGAGAAAGAUGAUCACUAAUAAUAAUAACAAUUCGGAUCAAACAGCCAGUAAUGAUGACAUAUCAACUACAAAUUUCAUCACUUCUACUACUACUGAUCAUGAUCAAAACUUCGAACCACAGCCACCACCACAACCUCAUGUGAUGAAGAUCAAUAUCAAGCAUCCUGGAUCGCCUACUGAUCACAGCACCAGUUCUAAUUCCUCAAACAACAACGCCACAAUCAUUAGGGUUUGUUCUGACUGUAACACCACCAAAACCCCUCUUUGGAGAAGUGGUCCAAGAGGCCCUAAGUCUCUUUGCAAUGCUUGUGGAAUUCGACAAAGGAAGGCGAGAAGGGCAAUGGCUGCCGCGGCUGCUGCGGCCGCGGGAUCCACCAACGGAACAGUUGUUCCGGUGGACAAACCAUCUAUGAAGAAUACUAAUAAAGAAAAGAAAUCAAAAAGUAGUACUGCUACUAAUAAUAAUAAUAAUAACAAUUGUGUUCCAUUCAAGAAAAGAUGCCAAUCUAGAGGAAGGAGGAAGAACAAGGUUUGUUUUGAGGAUCUGAUAGUAAGUGUGAGCAAGAACACUUCGGCAUUUCAACGAGUUUUCCCUCAAGAUGAAAGAGACGCUGCUAUCCUCUUAAUGGCUCUAUCUUAUGGUCUUGUUCAUGGAUGAGGAUCAGAUCAUCUAUUAUUAUUAUUAUUAUAAUUAUUCAAAUUUUAUAUUGCUCUGUCUUAUUAUCAUCAUUUCAUCAUCUACCUACCUCUCUCCGAAUUUUAUUAGAACUUUCGUUAUGGUGUUAAUUACUUUUUUUUUUUUUUUGAAAUAAGUUUUGAGUUAUAAUGUUUUUAUAGCUUAAUAUUUAGUAUGUCCAUGUGCGGUAUUAGACUGAGUAAUUUAUUAUAUUCUAAUAAUAAUUUAGUGAGUGUUAGGAGCUUAGGGUGUGAAUUUAGAGAUAACCAAAUCGUGGGUCUCUUAAUUAAUUGUGUUGUUAUUUCAUUGUUAUGUAUCCCUCAAAUAUACCUAUUAAUUAAUAAAAUAACAAAAGUUUUUGUUUAA